AUGCAUUCGCGGCCCGAUCGAGGGCGGGAUCCUGCCCGCUACAAUUGCCGCCACGCCCACCGCCAUUCCGCCGGCCCCGCCGACCCCCGGAACCAGCAGAGUGCGGUCGCGGAGGGGACUGCUCGCGUCGGCCCGAAUCCCAACGACGCCCAGGUGACCCCCUCCCCCGCGUCGCCGGAGAUUGCCGCGGAGACCGUUGCGCGGGGGAUCGCGCUCGGGGUGAGCGCUGGCCUACCCGACCACGAGGAGAUGGGCGGCGAGGAGAACGGGGAUGCGCCGGGGUCCGCUGAGCGCCCUCCCUGCGCUGUGGGGCUUCGCGACGCUCGGGAGAUGGGCGGCGAGGAGAGGGCUGCCGAGGAGGCUGACGCGGAGGCGAGCGCCCACGCUCCUGCCGCGGCUGACCGUCAGGGGGGCUUGACGCAACACGCGCGGGGGCCCACGAAUACUCCGGCGAGGUGGGGCGCGCGGCAGGCCAAUGAGGAAGAGUUAGCAUCCGCUCAAAGCGGCGGACGGGCUCGCUUGCGGAGGGAUGCGCAGGGACACGCGGUCGAAACCCGGCAGGCGCAGGGUCUGGCAGCGCGCUCUCCGCAGAACCCUCGAGCUCCGGAUCCCGUCGCGCGGAUGGGUCCAUCACCCCCGACAGCACCGCAGCCGACGCCAGCACGCCGACCUAUUGGGGACGAGGCGGAUAAGGCGCCCCAGGAUGGACCCGCGGGAGCGGCGGGAGGAAGAGGAACGCGGGGAAUCCGCGUGGGACGCGGCAGCAACCGCCGCGGGCGACGCGGGAACGGGAGAGGACGCCGAGGUGGUGGAGCGCGCGGCACAAAUCGGCGCCGUACCGGCGCAAGCGGAUACGCGAGAACUGCAGAAAGGCUAAUGCGUGAAGGCGCGGAAGGCGGCGAGGAGGUGCUCAGCGAGGAAGCAGAGGACGAAGUCGAGAUUGAAGAAAGCGAUAGGGGUGACCCCGCUUUUAACCCAGAAAGCGAGGGGAUGUUCGAAGCAGAGGCCGAGGAGGACGAGGCAGAGUUGGAGCUGCUGCUUCAAGAAAUGGAAUCCCCAAACCAGCAGACCCGAGGCGACCCCGCAAACCGAACCACACAUCGAAACCGAACCGCGGGGGGAAAUCGUGCAAGGGGGGGAAACCAAGCCGCGACAGAAGACGGAAUUGACUCUGCAGCGGCCAAUGAAAAUUCAGAAGCCCCUAAUCCAACCCCCCUGAUGCUCAAACCGGACGACCUGGCGAAAAACACUGGCCUGGUGGAAGUUACUGACCUUCCUCCCGCGCCUACUUCUUCGCACCUCGUCAGCCCGUAA